UAUAUCAACUACUGACAUACGAACACGUUGAAAUAACUUGAAAGAAAAAUAUAUUGGCUUUUCUUGUCAAAAACAAUACUAUAGAGAGAAUCGGCGUCAUAGUUCAUUUAUGGAAUAACUCAUUAACUUUUUCCAGUUCAAGAUCACCCAGUUUCAUUUGAAAUUGUGUUAUAAUUUUACGCAGUUUCUCUACUUUUACUUUAGAAAUACUGUUGACAAAUACACAAACGACUUUCAAGAUGUCAAAAACUCUACGCCUAGUUGCAUGUGUGGCUUUCUGUGCGUUCUUUUUAAGAACUGAGGGCAAGAAACCACUUCAAGAAGAAGAUUGUGAAGUUUGUGUGAAUGUAUUGCGCAACUUUGAAAAAAAGUACCCGGACAUAAAGGAUAAAGACACAGACACUAUCGAAGCAACAUUUCAGAAAUUUUGCAAGAAUCUCAAAGAAAAAGAUGAAAGAUUUUGCUAUUACAUAGGAGGUGCUGCUACGUCUGCUACUAACAUUCUGAAAAUGAUGUCACGGCCUUUCAAGAAUCAUCUUCCAAUGGUGAAAAUCUGUGAAAAACUGCAAGAUGCUGACCCUCAAAUCUGUGACCUUAAAUAUGAAAAGAAGGUGGACCUUGGCGAGAUAAAUUUCAAGAAACUCAAGGUCAAGGACUUGAAGAAAAUCUUGUCGGACUGGAACGAAGAUGCAGCUUGCAAAGGGUGCAGUGAGAAAUCCGAAUUUGAGCGUGCAGUGAAGCAGUUGAUGCCCAAACAUGCACCAGAGGCAUACCAGAAACUCAAGGACAGGGAGGAACUUUGAUUGAAUGUUAAGCCUUAGGAAUUAUUUAAAUACUUAGUACGUAUUUCUUAACGGAAGUAAAAGUGCUUUUAAAUCAGCCUAUACACACAAUUUCUUUUAAGAAGGAAAUAUAAGAAAAAAGAUUACUUUUACAAUUAAAAGUUGAAGCUUCAUUCACUUAACUAUUUGUGAACAUAUCGGUAAACCUUCUUUUUGUGCUGAAAUAUGGCUUUUUAUUCAGCACUGAUUAUACUCUUUAGACUUGUGUUUUUUUUUUUUUAAGAAUGCUUGCCUUAAGUCUACUUAAAAAAAGGAAAAAAGACUGAACCAUUUUCAUGUAUUUCUCAACAUGAUCAAAAAGUGAUAUUUUGAUUGUAUUAUUUUAAUAUGAAUUGUUUGCUGUUAGGGUUAUUGACUCAUUGUAGAAAGAUUAAAGAGUUCAUGUUGACAUGUUUCCAUUUAGGUUUCAUUUGUGUGAAUUCAAUACAAAAUGGAAUGAAAUAUAAAUCAUUCGUUUUUUUAUCAUCAUGGUUUAUAACAGUAUUCAAUUAGAUCAGAUUGCUGGUAAUAACAUUAAAAGCUAGUUUUGAUGGUCAUGAAAUAAGUAUGUUGUGAAAAGAAUAAAUAAUUUUAAAUUACAAGAUUGAAAUUAGAUAAGUUAAUUUUGAACUUCACAUGUAUGUAUGAAGUUAUAUGUCAUAAUGUGUGACCUUGUCAAUGUUAUUGUAAGUUUAUUUUACUGGUAACAUCAUGUUAAAACUAAGUUUGAGCUUAUUCACUUACUCAUUUUUCAUUUUGAAAAAUGUAUAUUUGUGUGUCUCAUUUCAUAAUUGGUGUUUAAUGUGUGUGUAAAUAGGGAUUCAUUUAUUGUGACAAAUACAGUAUGUUUAAUGUUCAAAUACUUUUUUAUGCCCCCGGUAUGGUGGCAUAUUGCAUUUGAACUGUCCGUCAGUCUGUGCGUCCGUCCGAAAACUUUAACAUUGGCCAUAACUUUUGCAAUUGAAGAUAGCAACUUGAUAUUUGGCAUGCACGUGUAUCUCAUGGAGCUGCACAUUUUGAGUGAUGAAAGGUCAAGGUCAGUCUUAAUGGUCAAAAGUCAAAUAUAGGGCGUCUGUUCGUCCGUCCGAAAACUUUAACAUUGGCCAUAUCUUUUGUAAUAUUGAAGAAAGCAACUUCAUAUUUGACAUGCAUGUGUAUCUCAUGGAGCAGCACAUUUUGAGUGGUGAGAGGUCAAGAUCAUCCUUCAAGGUCAAAAGUAAAAAAACAAAUCCAAGGGAAGUAACAAGCUUUAAAGGAAGAUAAUUUCUAUUUAUCAUUUGGCAGGUACAGAUCAUUUUCACAAAGGAAGUAAUAAAGGAAUAUAAUAAUAUAAAAAAUAAAUAAAUCAAAGCGGCACAGUAGGAGGCAUUGUGUUUCUGACAAACACAAAUCUUGUUUUGGAAAAUAAAUCCUUAAAAUUGUUUGACUUGGAAAUUUUAAUUAUGCACACUCAUGGACUGACUAGGCUACUAAACUAUAUUGGAUUCCACAAAAUGUCAACCAAUUUACAUCGAAUGGUUGAGCAACACCAUAUGCACACUUUAUAUUAUGUAGGAAAAAGACUGAGCUGGACAAUGAAACUUGUCCUGUUGUAUGUUCUAAAUGAUAAAUUCCCUUCUGAUAGGCAUUUACUCACAAUGGACUAGAUUAUUAUAAAUAUAGAAAUAUACAGCUACUAAAUGAACUUGAUUCGUUUACAUUUGUAUAGAAAUAUACAUGUACUUAAGGGACUGAAUUCAUAUUUAUUGAAAUCUCCUAUGAAAUUAUAGAUUUUGAUGUUCCAUAGCCAACAUUAUACAAUAUCUGAAAUAGACAAUUGCAGGAAAUUUAAGUCUCUGGAUAGCUAAAAUAUAUAAAACAUGGGUCAUAAAAUAAUUGUUUAACAAUGUUUUUUAACCAUAAACGCUUGAAUGACCUGUUCAAUGAAUUAAUAGUAAAUCACGAUUUGCAUGUCUUGUUAGUCUAGACGCUGAUUUAAUAAUUUUACAAAAGCAUCAUCAUUUAAUCAAAUAUUGCCUGUAAGUAUAAUCAAUAUAGAUACAAUUAACUUCAUUUGUUUAUCUGCAAUCAUGUACAUGUAUAUGUAGUGCAGGAUAUUGCUUUGAAAUCAGAUGAAUAAUCAGUCUUAAAUAACGAUGCAACAAUCAAUUUCCAGCGUUUCUCUCACAAUAGUUUUGAACCGUCAAAGUUUUUUCGUGUUAUUCAUUUUUGUUCAUAGUCUUAAUGAAUCUGGUUCUGAACCAGCCACUGAAGAAUACGGUUGUAGUGUAGUCAUUCCAUACAAAUACAGCGUAUUUAAACAUAA